AGAAAACGAAGAAGACGUAGAGGGGAGCGCUGAGCGACGCGUACGCGCAGCGGUGAACGGCGGCUGCAUUUCUCCGUCUGGUACCGGAUGUUUUCAUAUGCAUUUGGUUUGUGAGUUCACUUGAGGUCAGCACCCUCAGCGGGUGGGAUGAUCUGAAAAAUCCAAACCUAGUAAGGAUGGUUGAAACUUAAACUGGCCCCUAUAUCUGUGAGCAGCACUCUCAUGUUCCUGCACAGCAGUAAAUAGCUCUGUUUAAAACCACUGCUGCACAGUCACAAAGGACAGGCUCAUUUCCACCAUGGAAGGUGUGGCAGUGGACAACCUAAUAGACUUUGACCUACCCUCAGAGACCAAGACUCUCAAUAUAGAUGGAGGUCAACACCAAGGCCACACAGACAUUUUCUCCCCAGAGCCAGCUUCUUCCGUGGGAGUCCACCAGCAGCCCUUACUGCCAGAGCCAUUGGCUCCAACCAAGCCCAACUCCCACCACCAGUCAGAGGAAGGAGAAGACAGUGAUGCUACAGAGUCGGCAGACAGUGAAAAUGACAUGGACCCACCCUCUCAUAAGUGGGAUCUAAGAAGGUCAUCAUCUUCAUCAGCUCACAGUGGGGAGGAUGCUGAUGCCGAGACGGUGGAGAGGAGGCAGUUCAUGAAGACUUACGUGGAGAAGGUGUUUCAUGGAAAAGAGGACUUUGACCAAGAAGAGAAGGCUCGUUUUGGAGAGCUGUGCAGUGGAGAGAAUGGAAAAGGCAGGGAGUGGUUUGCCAAGUACGUCAGCGCUCAGCGCUGCCACUCAAAAUGUGUGAGUGAAGCCACCUUCUACAGACUGGUGCAGUCUUUUGCUGUUGUACUGUUUGAGUGUUACCAGAUGGACGAUUACAGCCCAGCAAAAAACCUCAUGACCAUGUGCUUCACCUAUUAUUACAUUGGGAAAUCUCAGCCGUCUCCUUCAGAGUUGCUGGAUCGCAGCGGUGCUCCAGCUGGUCUGGACUCUUAUCUCAACAAAGCUAACACCUGGUUGUCGGGGAAGAAAGAUGCUGCUGAGCGCCUCCUUAAACACACAUCUAGGACUGACGUCAAAGGCUUCUUUGGGGGCCUGGAGAGCAAGCUGAGGAGCUCAAUGGCUCCGAAGUCAGAUGAUGGGGAAAGUCCAGGUGAGACAAAGCCCAAAUCCCCAGUGUCAGAAGUUCCAGCAGAAAAGAAAGGAGAAAAGGUGUACCUGUACACUCACCUGAAGCAGCAGCCUAUCUGGCAUACACUCAGAUUUUGGAACGCUGCGUUUUUUGAUGCCGUCCAUUGUGAGAGGAAGAAAAGAUCACCGACCACGAGGGGAACGCAGGAUGAAGAGAAAGAUGUGAGAGAGAAGUGGUGUCACAUGACGGACGAGGAGAAGAAGGACAGCUACAAAAUCGAUGAGAACAUCGCCUUCGGCCAGCUGGGCACGUUCACUCAUAACAUGCUGGCGUUUGGUCUCAGUAAGAAGCUCUGCAAUGACUUCCUGAAGAAGCAGGCGGUCAUCGGGAACCUGAACGAAGAACAGUACAAGCUGCUGACUGACCACAUCGAGAAAACGGCGGCAGAGUGAGUUCGAGGUGACGAUCUGACGGCAGCACGUUGGCCGUCCCCGUCCAGCUCCACGUCACACUAACCGACUCUCCCACCGGCUCCUUUCAUUUCCUGCUGCUUUUGUGUGGUGCACUGCUGAAAAACACUGAGCUGUUCCAUACCUGUAGCAAGCCCCUCCCACCUGCACCAUGUGCUGGACCAGCAAUAAUACAAGGCCGUCAUGAUCUGUCUGCUACACAUAAACUAAAGGUGUAAACCAUCCAGUAUAAACAGCCUCAGAUCCACUGAAUUCAUGUGUUCUAUCUAUGACAUGUAUGUUAGGCAUGAUGUUAUUCUGUGACCUUAUUUAUUAUGUGAGAGUAUCUAACAGCAUUCAUGGCAAUAAGAAUUCAUUUUAAUCUGCUGUUUAGGUCACUUUUUAUUUAUCAGACUUUUUCUGGAAAUACACACAAAAUCUUUGAAAUUUAAAUUUAUAACUUUAUUACAAUAUUUUCCCAUGUGUUCUCUUUAAGGGGAUGUACGCAAAGAUUUAUGCCAUCUUCAUGUAUGAAAACGAAUUACUAAGCAUUAGUGAAGGGGGUGCUUAGCUGAGCGUAAGGACUGCGGCUGGCUGAAUAUCCAGGUUUUGGGUCUGCUGGCAAGUUUUUAGUUUUUAGUCCACAGAAAAAAGGGAAUUGUGACCUCAGUGCAGGUAGCUUUAUGCUAUGCUGUGGUGUCAGUGUUCAGAGGCUGAUCUGUGGCUGCCAGCAUCAGCAGAUAGAUUUUAAUUAACCCAAAAAGAAAAUGUAAAAAUAAGAAUCAACUCAAUUUUUACAGUGAAACCUAAAAGAUGUAAACUUCCUAAAGAAGCUGUAUGUGUUGUGCAGGCAGCACUUCUUCAUGUCAAGCUAAGCUAACCAGGAGUGGUAAUAGUCAGAAGAGUCAUUUUGGGGGUAAAAUGCUUAAGUAAUCCAUUCAUACUAAAUAUGAAGUCACAGCAAAGGCUUAAUGAUAGAGACUGGGAUUAGAGGAAAACCGGAAGCCUCACAUGGUCCAAACAUGGCAAAAAUCCACCUCAGCAAGGAAUUUAAGUUAACUAUCUUUUUGCUCUGAUUUCAUAUCAAAUGAUUAUCUCAUCCCUUCUGCCACACAUUUACAAUCCAGUUAUAUUUUCUUUUUAUUGCUAUGUAACUGUGGAACUCCUUAUCUUUCCAAAGUGCCUUCCAUGGAUGUCUCCUUUAUCCUGUUCUUCUGCCCUCACUCACUUGACCCAGCGUUAGUGACUCUCCUCUGCUCGAAUACUUCACUGUGCGCCUCUGUGUCUCCAGUGAUGGGUGUGUGCAGUAGUGUGUUUCCAUGUGGUUGAGGUGUAAUGCUAACAGAUUUGAGCAUGUUGCCUGGACCCUGCUGCAUGUGUGUCCAUACUGAACUCUGCAUUACUUGCAUUCCUUUAGUCUGCCACUGAGGGGCAGUAUUGUCUGCAGCGCUCAGUGGCAGAAUUCAGAGAGGAAUAUAUGAUGAUGCACAUUCAGGCAGGAUGAAUCCCAUUUUAGAUUCAUAGUGAAGCUGUUAUGUAUAUACUGUAUAUUUCUCUGUAUGCAGUUAAUCAUAAAUGAAUAAUAGAUGUAAUUGUGGACCUUGACUGUAAUGUCUAACUGUAAUGUGACCCGUGUUCAUCCCGCCUGUGUUCCUCGUGCAGAUACUGAUGUAGAUGUAAAUCAUUGCUUCACAGCAGUUUUGAUCAUAUGCAGAACUGAGUUCUUUGCAUGUGCCCAUUCUUCCCUUUGAAAUAUGUUCUUAGACUUUGUGCACACUGACUUAACUAUUGUAUUUUUCCUCAUACCAAAACUUUGGACACUCCUCUGACUUUAAAUAUUAUCCUGUAGGUUGUGCUUCUCAGUCAAGCAUGAGCCGUUUGCACUACAUUUAUUCUCAACAUAUCCACGUAUAGACAAAUGCAGGUGUAAGUGAAGGUGCCCCAAAGUGUUCAGUGGUAACAAUGACCCAAUAAAUAAUGAUGUAAUUUUAAAACCCAUGAAGGUGAUUCAUACUAUCAGACUUUUUUGUUUAAACACCAUAAAAAAACUGAAUGAUGAAUACAAAUAAUUAUAAAUGUCUGUAAAAUGUGUUACAUUGAAAUGAAAAAGAUUAUAAUGGAAAGUUGUUUCUGCCUCUGGGAAAAAUGUAAGUUACUCAUGAGUAACUCAAAAUUUUGAGUUAAGAAGAAAUUGAUACAUUUUGAUUUCGAGAUGGCAAAAAAUAAAUCAGUGCAGAAACAAGUUUCCAUAGUUACACUUUUAAUUCCAUCAUAAAAGAAAAUAAAACCUUCCUGUUACAAAAAUAU